AUGUCGAGGUCCUUGCUCCAGCCGGCGCUGGCUUGCAACACCGCGUCUUGCAUGCCUCGUCCCUACCAACACUCGCGCCCCGUUGAACGCGCCUCUAGGCCGUCAUUGACAGCAGUAGCUCGUGUUUUCGACUUCGCCCCAGUCCGCGCUGGCAAUGGCAGCACCGCCGUGAUCUCACAAAAGGCGUGGCACAGCACGAGAACUGCCGGAAGUGAUCGGCCGAGUUCGGCCUCGUUGAGUCUUGCUCUCCCGAAGGCUCAACCGCUCCAGCUCGUCCGCCAUGCCUCCGUUUUGUCCGGCAUCCCGGCUAAGCCGUCGGCAAGGAGCCCAAUGGCAGCGUACUCCACCGAGGCAACGGCAGUUCUGCCGCCGACCACCCCGUACUCCAAGCUGACUGUGGGAGUGCCCCGCGAAAUAUACCCAAACGAGCGCCGUGUGGCUCUCACCCCUCAGAAUGUUGCCCUCCUGCUCAAGAAGGGCUUCUCCCAGGUUCUUGUUGAGAAAGGUGCUGGUGCCGAAGCCGAUUUCCUGGACGAUGCCUAUGCCGCCGCCGGUGCUACCUUGGUUGACGAUGCUUCUGCUGUCUGGAAAGGUUCAGACGUUGUGCUCAAGGUCCGAGGGCCAAGUGCGGAGGAGGUUGAUCUGACACGAGAAGACCAGACCGUUAUCAGCUUCCUUCAACCGGCCCAGAACAAGGCACUCGUGGAGAAACUCGCGGCUCGCAAAGCCACCUCAUUCGCUAUGGAUCUUAUUCCCCGUAUUUCUCGAGCUCAGGUCUUUGACGCCCUCAGCAGCAUGGCCAACAUUGCUGGGUACAAGGCGGUGCUCGAAGCAUCCAACAACUUUGGUCGUUUCUUAACUGGUCAGGUCACUGCUGCUGGUAAAAUCCCGCCCUGUAAGGUUCUCGUCAUUGGUGCCGGUGUUGCUGGCUUGAGCGCAAUUGCAACUGCAAGGAGACUCGGUGCAAUCGUUCGUGGAUUCGACACUCGGCCUGCUGCAAGAGAACAGGUUCAGUCGCUUGGCGCCGAGUUCAUCGAAGUUGAGAUCGAAGAAGAUGGCUCUGGUGCAGGCGGUUACGCCAAAGAGAUGUCGAAAGAGUUCAUCGAGGCCGAGAUGAAGCUUUUUACCGAGCAAGCCCGUGAAGUGGACAUCAUCAUCACCACCGCCCUGAUUCCUGGAAGACCUGCGCCCAAACUCAUCACCAAAGCCAUGAUUGAGAUCAUGAAGCCUGGAUCUGUUAUUGUCGAUCUUGCUGCUGAGGCUGGUGGAAACUGCGAAAAGACCGAACCCGGAAAGCUGAUUACCUACAAGGAUGUCAAGAUCAUUGGUAAGUCGUGGCUACCGACCCAAUCUUCAACUCUGUACUCGAACAAUAUCACCAAAUUCUUCCUGUCCAUGGCACCGAAGGAUAAGGAAUUUGGCAUCGAUCUGAAAGACGAAGUCGUACGCGGCGCUAUUGUGACACAAGAAGGCCAUAUUCUUCCGCCAGCACCCCGACCAGCACCUCCCCCUGCUCCCGCCGCUGCCUCGACUGCCGCAAAAGAAACUGAAGUCGUAGCACUUACACCAUGGCAAAAGGCAACUCGUGAGGUUUCUCUGAUCACUGGUGGUAUGGGCUCGGCUGUCGCAUUGGGCAAGUUCACUACUCCCUUGUUUAUGGGCAACGCCUUUACCUUUGCUUUGGCCUCUCUCAUCGGAUACCGUGUUGUCUGGAACGUCGCUCCUGCCUUGCAUUCACCUCUCAUGAGUGUGACCAACGCCAUCUCUGGAAUGGUCGGCGUUGGUGGUUUGUUCAUUCUCGGUGGAGGAUACUUGCCUGAAACGAUCCCUCAAGUCUUUGGUGCCGCCUCUGUCCUGCUCGCUUUCGUCAACAUUGGUGGUGGGUUCGUCAUCACAAAGCGCAUGCUCGACAUGUUCCGCCGUGCUACUGAUCCUCCCGAGUACCCGUGGCUUUAUGGAAUCCCGGCCCUCGUGUUUGGAGGUGGCUUCAUCGCUGCGGCCUCGAGCGGAGCUGCAGGCCUUGUUCAAGCUGGCUAUCUUGUGAGCUCGAUCCUUUGCAUCACCUCUAUUUCGGGUCUUGCAUCGCAAGCAACUGCCCGUAUGGGAAAUAUGCUGGGUAUUUUGGGCGUCGUGUCCGGUGUUCUCGCUUCCUUGUUGGCAGUCGGCUUCACCCCUGAAGUUCUCACUCAGUUUGGUGGUCUUGCUACGAUCGGAACAAUCUUGGGCUUCCUCAUCGGCAAGCGCAUCACCCCUACCGAUCUUCCUCAGACUGUCGCUGCCCUGCAUUCCGUGGUCGGCCUUGCUGCCGUCUUGACCAGUAUCGGAAGCGUUAUGGCUGAUGUCACUGACCUCUCGAUGCUUCACAUGGUAACUGGCUAUCUUGGCGUCCUCAUCGGCGGUAUCACCUUCACCGGAUCGAUUGUUGCCUUCAUGAAGCUUGCCGGUAAGAUGUCCUCUAAGCCGCUUCGGCUGCCAGGUCGUCAUGCCGUCAACGCCGGUCUACUCAGUGCGAAUGUGGUCACCAUGGGCACGUUUGUCACCAUGGCUCCUGGCGCCCCUCUGAUUGCCGCCGGUGCCCUUGCUGCCAACACCGUACUCUCGUUCAUCAAGGGUUACACCACAACUGCAGCCAUUGGUGGUGCCGAUAUGCCUGUGGUCAUUACCGUCCUCAACGCAUACAGCGGCUUUGCGCUGGUCGCCGAGGGCUUCAUGCUGAACAACCCUCUCUUGACCACAGUUGGAGCACUCAUUGGCGUCUCCGGUUCCAUUCUUUCUUAUGUCAUGUGUGUUGCUAUGAACCGUUCACUUGUCAACGUUCUGUUCGGAGGAAUCUCGGCGCCCACCACCAGUGACUACAAGAUUGAAGGGAGUGUGACACAGACCAAUGUCGAAGAGACAGCUGACGCCCUCACCAAUGCCGAGUCCGUCAUCAUUGUUGUUGGGUAUGGCAUGGCUGUUGCCAAGGCGCAAUAUGCUAUCUCGGAUAUCACCCAAAUGCUUCGGUCCAAGGGCAUCAAGGUCCGCUUCGCCAUUCACCCCGUUGCUGGUCGCAUGCCGGGCCAGUGCAACGUCUUGCUUGCUGAAGCCAGCGUUCCGUACGAUAUCGUGCUGGAAAUGGAUGAGAUCAAUGACGACUUUGGAGAGACGGAUGUAACCCUUGUUAUUGGUGCCAAUGAUACAGUCAACCCGAUUGCUUUGGAGCCUGGUAGUCCGAUUGCUGGAAUGCCCGUCUUGCAUGCGUGGAAGAGCAAGCAGGUGAUUGUCAUGAAGAGAGGGUUGGCUAGUGGAUACGCUGAUGUCCCCAACCCGAUGUUCUACAUGCCCGGCACGAGAAUGCUGUUUGGCGAUGCUCGUGUGACCACUGAAGCCAUCAAGGCAGCUAUCGAAACUCGCUUCAAAUAA